UCCACAUUAUAUUAAUACUAGUAACUGUACAACGUGGUAAAAGUAUGUGUUCUUAUUAAACAAUCAUUUUUAAAUAUCUAUAUUAUAAUAAGAAAUAUUCUAUUUCAUCCCUUCUUUUGAUUAUCGAAAAUGACUGAAGCAAAGUUUUGUAGUUACUUUAAGAAUUUUAUUCUUUGCGGCGAAAUAGAUUUCCACUGCAUGUUAUGCCAAGAGUCAUUUUUUUAUUUAGAAACUGUGGAUAAGCAUCUGAAGUGGGAAAAACAUAGGAGCUUAUUAAAAAAGCAGGCAUACGACGAACGUUAUAAAAGAGACUUUUUGUACAAGAUCAGAGAUGAUUUUUACUGUGUAGCCUGUAACGAGCUGACCACUGAACCUAAAAAACAUAGACAAUGUAGUUCUCAUGUUGCAGCUAAAAGUGUUUUAAAAAAACCUAAAUUUGAAACAAUGAAUUACCCAAUAAGGAGGUGUUCAGAUGGUACAGUUUUUAUUGGCGAUGUCCAAGUGACCGCCUUAGAAUGGCAUGGUAUAAAGAAAGAUUUCUGUACCGUAUGCUCUAGACAGAUUCAAGAUGUAACGAUUCAUACUACUUUGAAUGUCCACGUAAUUAAUCUGAUACAAUCGAAUACUGUUAAAUGCAAUGAAUAUUAUUACAGAAUGCUAAGUCACGAGAAAUUCUACUGCUUUAUAUGUCUUAACGUACACGACAAUAGCACGAUGGAAGAUCAUAUGACUGAAGAUUGUGAUGUAGCUGAAAAAUAUAAAAACAACUAUUCAAACAAGGCAUAUCGAAAUAUGAAAGUUUUAGUUAAAACUGACCCUGAACUUCAUAGUGCACUUCUUAUUAUGAGCCAAGAAUACUAUAAAAUAAAUGAUAAAAAAGGAGAAGCAGAAUGUCGGAUUUGUAACAAAGCAGUAAAAGCAGAUAUAACAGUUAUGAUCAAACAUAAAGAUAACCAUGAAAAUGAAAGGGAUUCAGAUUGUGGUAAGCCUUACGAUGUUAAGUAUUCAGAAGUCGUUGACCACGGAAAAAGAAGGCACGAACUGGUAAAUUAUGGCAAGGAUAAUUAUAUUAAAUUUAAUACACUAGUAAGUUGGGGUUAUUGCUCCAUGUGCCACACGAGAGUCUCCGCUAGCAUGCGACAGGUAUUGUCUCAUGUGAAUGGAAGACGUCACAAGUGUUUUCUAGAAUUACACGGCCUUUGGAGACCGAGUAAGCAUGAAAAGACCUAUUGGAGAAAGAUAAAGUUUACGAGCUUCAUGAUAAGCAUUUUUAAAAUUAACGGAUCUUCUUAUCUUGUUAACGAUCAAAUACAAAUACAUUAUUCUUCGUUUAUGCUGUUAGGAAACUAUGGAAUUAAUACAGAUCAGUACAUAUGUUUUGGAUGUAAUGAAGUUAUAGAGAAAUCCGACGCUCAAAAUCAUUGCAAAACAAAGACCCACGUGGACAAAAUGUUGGCCUGUCAUGUUAUGACUGACUAUGAUGAAAAGUCAGAAUUCAUUCGAUUGAUUCGUCCCAACGUAUAUCACUGUGCCGUUUGCGAUCUGAUAUUACCAUAUUGGGAUAAUGUACGUGGACAUAUAUCUGGACUUUCGCAUGGUGCUCGUAGGCGCGUGAGCCUUCUACCUUGCAAUGAAGCAAAUAUUUUACGGUCAAUGCAUGGUCCUACGUUAAAUAGGAAUAAUAGUGUUAACAUUCAUCUCAAACGUCUAGGUCUCAUUUAGAAAUGCAGAGUUAGCUUCAGAGACAAAACCUUUUUAGGAGUCUAUUUUGUCUUUUAUAAUUUGUAUAAAAUUGAUUGGACGUGACACGCGUGUAAUUAAACCAUUUUCUAUCAAUUUUUUCCAGCACCAAAAUGAUUUUGUCGCGAAGGUACUCUACAUGAAGCAUCAUUAAUCAAUUAAAAGUCGCUUUAACUAUUGUUCUUAGUUCGUUAUUUGAAAAUAUCAAUAUACAAAGAGAUUCAUUAAUUGGUUGUUUGUUGUAUCAUGUCAUCAGAAAUCUAUCAUUAUAAACUCAUUUGAAAAACUUUUAUUAUUUUACAUACAUUUAUUUCCUUUGUAUCUUCAGAUUUGUAUUUUAAAAUAAGUUUUUUAUAACUUGCUGCAAGGCGUUAAUGGCGAGAUUUAUUUAGUAAAACUAAAUCUACCACUUGCAGCUGUACCAUGUGGUUGACAUAAUAGUUGCUCAUAUUGGUCAAUAUUCAAUAAUCAAUAUAUUUGUAUAGAAUAUCUUACAACACCGCUUGCACCGGCAUAUAGGUAUUUGUCAAACUCAUGGUACAACUACUGCUAGUAUUUUUGCAGGAAUAUAAGGAGAGCAAGUUAAUAAAAAUAUUAGGAUAAAAAAUAUUAAUUUACAAUUUAUUUUAGAUACAAGACUCAUGACAAUGUGUAAUGUAUUAUUAAUACCUAUAUAUACAUACCUAUAAUAAGUCUAGGUAGACUCAAAGGUUGCCCCUUACAAUAAAAAUCCUUCAAAUUGUUAAAUUUUAGCAAAAGCCUUUUUACAACUUGUAAUACCUAUUAGUUUAUGACCUAAUCUAAAUCCAAGUGUUUUUUUAUUACUAAGUUUUAUAUAUUCUCAUGUAUUUAUUCAAAGGAAAACCGUCUAUACCUAUAUAUACUAUUACACCUUAAAUGACAUUAUAAGUAAACAAAUACAUAUACAAAAUACCUUAACAUUCAUUAAACCAUUGAGGAAAAUGUGAGAGUAACAUAGUAAAAUUCCUAGGAGAGGUAUUAUGCAUUUCUUUUAGAUAUCCUACAGUUUUUCUUAUAUAAUCUUGUUUAAAAUCAUCUGGUAGGUCUUGAAUUUCUACAUCUAGUAAUAUAACUAUAUGGAUUAACCUUGUAGGGUACAAGCCGGCAAAAUGAUCCUUGCUUUUAGUUUUUAUAAUACAUUUAAAAUUAUAAACUAAGUCUAAUAUCACUGAAUCAUAGUUGGUAGAGGUUAAUACUGAAUUUAAUAUUGAAC